AAAAAAAAUUGUACAUCAAGAUAAAAUAAAUUGUAAACAUGUUUUAUUUAUACAUUAAAUGAAUGAGAACUCGAUAAAUUGCUCUUGAUUGUGACUUUAUGAAAUGAAUAUUACGUCGCUUAGCCUUGUUGUUGACCGUGCGUACACAUACGAAUAUUUUCGUGAUAAAAACGUCUGUAGCCUUUGCUGGAAGAAUUUCACUCCUUGGGCACAGAGGAAAUCACGCAAAAACGAAGUUGUGUACAAGAUAAAGGAUUGUCUGGGCAUAGAAUUUAACGACAGUUGCUUACCGAGGAAAGCUUGCGACAGGUGUUGUCUCAAAGUGAAUGAGUUUUAUGAAUUCAAGCAGUCUUGUCGUGAAAAAGAUAGGAAAUUAAAAGAAAUAAUCAUCAAUUCGCAUCAUUGCAAUAGUAAUGGGUUUGUAAACACUCACACCUCAAUACCAUGUGAGGUCAAGAUUGAAAAUGUUGAUGUUCAAAUUUGUGAUAACAGUAAUAAUGUUGAUCUGCCACCUUGUUCUGAUGAGGUUAAGGGGGAAAGUGAAUUUCUUAAGACUGAAGAACUUAAUGAAACAGAAGAGGAGUCAAAAAGCUGUUCUCUUAGCAGUGUUUUCACAGACAACUGUCGAGAAGAAGAAAGUGAAGAUGAACCUACCAGAAUAGAUGACUUCCAUGACGAUAAAGAGGUGGUAGAAAAUUUAAAAAAAGAAUCUUUGAAGAAUAAAAAGUUACCCACUCUAAAAAGUUGUAAUGUUCAAAGUAGACAAUCUAUUCAUAAUGGUUGCAAAAAAAAGAUUUUAUUAACUAUAAAAAAGAGAAAGUAUCAACAGAAACGGUCUCCCACAUACUGCAACAUUUGCCGUUCAGAUUUAGGGAGUAAAGAGAAUCUGGUCAGUCACAAUGCAUCAAAUCAUGGCAUCGAAGAAGGCAACUUAUUCAAAUGCUUUGGUUGCGAGAAGCGUUUCAGAACUCGUAAGGCGCGACUCUCUCAUGAAAUCAAUUUCUGUAAAGGUCUGAAGGAGGGUUACAAAUGUGUUAAAUGCAAUAGGUUUUUACCUAGAAGAAACAUGUAUGAAGCACACAUGAGAGACCAUAGAGAACGCCCAGAAGUAAAGUUGCCAGAGAAGAUAUUCCAAUGUUUCAAAUGCUACAAACUCUUUAAAACUAAGUCAUGUUUAACGGAGCACAUGGCUGAACAUGAAUCUUUGAAGAAAAAUUAUGUUUGCGAAACUUGCGGACGGGUAUUCACUAGGCACGACUAUCUACACAAGCACAGGCUGACCCACACAGGCACAAAACAACACGCCUGCCCCCACUGUGGAUACAGGACUUCACAGAAGUCCUCACUAACUGUACACAUUAGGAAACACACUGGAGAGAGGCCGUACAGUUGUGAUCUGUGUCCGCAGCGGUGCAUCUCUAGCUCAAACCUGCGAGCGCAUCGCCGAAGGCAUCUCGGUGACAAAAAAUUCGAGUGUACAAUUUGCAGUAAAAGGUUCGGCUACAAGAUAAGUUUAGAAGAGCACGUCGAAUCUGUUCACGAGCGUUCUCAAACUUAUCCUUGCGAUGUAUGUGGCGCCAUCUAUACCAGAGCUCGCGGACUACGACGCCACUUGCUCGCGAAGCACGGCAAACAAAAAGUUGACAAACCCCAACCGAAAGAUGGCAGUAGCGCAUGCGAAGAAAGUUGUGGCGACCAGCCGAGAGAUGGCGUUAGUGCUAAAUACGACGAUGUUUACCUAAAAAUCGUGGACAAUAUCGUUGAUGAUAAAAAAGUUACCGUAAGAGAGAGCGAAGUUUACGAGAUCAAAAAUGGUGGGGAGUUCGUCCUUUUGAACUCUGAAAGUGGAGUUAUAUUGACGAAAAUGUAUUAAAUAAAUAAAUAUAAU